AUGGCUCCAUAUGAGGCUUUAUACAGGAGACCAUGUAAGACUCCGGUAUGUUGGAAUGAAGUGGGAGAAAGGUUUGGUAGGAAAGGGAAGUUAAGCCCGAGAUACAUUGGACCCUAUGAGAUAAUAGAGCGAGUUGACCCAAUGGCAUACAGGUUAGAGUUAACUCCAGAGCUAUCUCAUAUCCAUGAUGUGUUUCAUGUGGCGAUGCUAAGAAAGUAUGUGCUAGAUCCUACCCAUAUGUUACCUGAACAACCAGUGCGGUUGAAGGAAAAUUUGUCAUACGAAGAGGAACUAGUGGAGAUCCUUGAUAGGAAAGAGCAAGUCUUGAGAAACAAGACAAUACCUUUAGUAAAGGUGUUAUGGAGAAACCUACUGAAGAAGUUACAUGGGAAGCUGAAGAGCAAAUGA